AACUCGUUUUUUAUUGGAAAUUUGGCGUACUAAAAAUUACUUGGUUUCAAAAAAUUAAAAUAUAAUUUAAUAGUUAACAUUGGCCUUUAUUCUUAGAAUGGAGUUUCCAAUAUUUUUUAAUCUUGAUCGACCAAAUGGUCGUAAACCUUGGAACCGUUUAUCAUACGAUCAAAAGAGGAAGUUAAGGAACAGAUAUUAUGCGUACUUAAAAGAUGCUUCUCAAUCAAAUUUGUCCAACACAGUCAGUUCUAAUCCUGCACAAAAUUGUGCUCAAUUUACGCAAAACGAUUAUAACGUACAAGAAACGUCUGUGCCAGACCCUACGGAUACCGUGGAAAAUAAUAUGGCUGAAAAUAUAUCAAACUCCAGUCAUGAUUUUGUUUCUGCAAAUACUUCUGCUACUACUCCCAGUACAAGUCAUAUUGCUGCUGAUAAUUUUCAUGAAGAUGUUCCUAACUGUAAUCCUCUGCAAGUAAUGUCUGUUCUACCUGACACAAGUGCUUCUCUUGCUAUUCACGCUAUUGAAGAUAACAUUUGUGAAAAUAUAACCACCUGUGCCAACGAUAAUUUAGUUUCCACCUCAACUUCUACAAGUGCUCCUGAUGUUGAUCAUGUUGUUAAAGACAAUGUUACUGAAGAUGUUCCAUGCUCUGGGCAAAGUAGUUCAAUUACUGCCUCGAUUUCCGAUGAUGCACUAACUUCUGAACCUGGUGCGGAUGACCAAAUAACUAAGUUAACACCGAAUCCAUAUAUUCAUUCAAAUCAUAUAUUCAAAAAGUUAAAAAUUAAUCACCCCGGGUGUUUCCAACAUUCUUUUCAAUCAAAUUUAGCUGAAUGUUUCACAAGUAACAAAAUUAAUCAAACCCAAAGCAAAGCUAUUUUAAAUGUAUUGCAUACUCAUCCGUCUUUGAAAUUUCUUCCGAAAGAUCCUCGCACACUUUUAAUGACACCAUGUGAUAAAAUUGAACCAAAAAUUGUCGAACCAGGAAAUUAUCUUCAUUUAGGAAUCGAGUGGAUGCUGUUAUUAACGUUAUCAUCUCUGUCAGCACAUGAAGUUCCCAACGAAUUGAUUAUCGAUUUUAGCACUGAUGGUGCUGAGAUGAAUAAGAAUAUUCAAAUAUGGCCCAUCCAAAUUCGCAUCGUUAAUAUAGAGAAAAUAAAGAAGCCUAUACUCGUCGGUGUUUAUGAAGGAUCCAGUAAGCCUAAAAAUUUCAAGGAAUUCUUUCAUGAUUUUGUUGAAGAAUCUAAAAUAAUUAUUGAAAAUGGUGGUAUUUAUUGCAAUGAAAAAAUAAUCUCAAUAAGAUUUCGAUGUUUCAUCGCAGACGCUCCAGCUCGGUCAUAUGUACUUAAUCAUAUGUCGCAUGUAUCAAAAAAUCCUUGUUCAAAAUGCAAGGUUGAAGGAAUAACUCACCUCCAUUCACGUCAUUUCCUUGGUCAUGGUUAUGUACAAAGAACAGACUUUGAGUAUAGAAAGCUUCAAGAUGUUGACCAUCAUUUAGGUGAAUCAUCGAUAAAAGAUCUUCCGAUUGAUCUAGUAAAACAAGUCCCUUUCGAGUAUAUGCACUUGACUUGCUUGGGAGUCAUGAAAAAAAUGAUUGGAUCUGUUGUAUAUGGUAAAUGUCAGCCCGGAAAGUUACAAAACUUUGAAGUAACAUUUUUGUCAGCUCGUUUAGUGGAGUUGCAAAGUUAUUGCCCUCGUGACUUUGCUAGAACGCCACGGGAAAUUCAACAUUAUGGUAAAUAUAAAGCCACGGAAUUUCGUCAGCUGUUAUUGUACACUUUCAUUGUCGUGACACCAGGAAUUAUUACAACAGAUCAAUAUGAUCAUUUUUUGCUGUUGCAUACAUCGAUGCGUGUCUUAUUGAAUAAUCAAUCAUCUUCAGAAGAUAUUGAAUUUGCUGACGUAGCAAUAAAAAAAUUUAUAAUUGAUGCCGAAAAAAUACAUGGGUUGGAGUUUCUUACAUAUAACUCUCAUGGUCUUGUUCAUCUCGUGGAAGAUUUUAAACAGUUCGGUUCAAUUGAAAACACUUCUGCGUUUGCGUAUGAAAACGCAAUGAAGGACUACCGUGAUUUAAUAAAUAAACAGUAUCAACUGUUACAGCAAAUUUACAAACGUAUAUGUGAACAGUCGCAUUUUCAAAAUACAAAUAGUAAAUCUUAUCCAAAUCCGAAAGGUACAAUGGAGCACAAAAAUGGCCCAAUAAAUGACGAAAUGCGCGAUAAUUGCGUACAGUAUAAAAAUUUAGAGUGCAGCAAAUUUUUUUAUUCAACAGAGCAGAAAGAUAAUACAAUACAAACAAAAGAUGGCAGAAUUGGAAUAAUUAAAAAUAUUAUUUUCACCAAUAAAAAAAUUUUUUUAGCAGUUUCAUUCUUCAGAAAAUUGAUGCCUUUUUACCAUGUCUUGGAUCGACCCUCGACAGAUUUUGGAAUUUUUCAAUGUUCUUGCCUAAGUUCCUCGAAUGAAUUUAUACUACUCGAAGACAUAAAAAGCAAAUGCUAUCGUAUGCCUAUUUGGGUAAAAAAAAUGAUGACUCUCCAUACAACUGAUGAUAAAAUUAACAACGCUUUCGUCGUUUGCGUUAUGUUAUAAUUACGCAAUUAAAAACAUUGCAUUUAAUGGUGAUAAUGAAUGGUACUCUAACAUGCAUACUGAUCGUUAUUUGAAAAAAAAGGAUGCCAAGAAAUGAAAAUAAUGUUUGAGGUAUAAAGGCUGAGAGAAAACUUUAUGCAGAUUUUAUAAUUAAUGGAGCAGGUGGAUCCCUUUCAUAAAAGUUAAAGGAAAAAAUAAAAAAAAACAUAAUUUCAAUUAAUGAAUAUACUCGAUAAUAGUUUAUUAAAGAAGACUGACAGUAAUCAAUCCUCCUAUAUAUAAACAGAGAAAUAGCCAAUGCCUUUAAAAGGUAUAAAUAAAUAUGCGGCCAAAAGAUGGGAAUGAAUUAUUCCACAAAGCUCCAGAAACAGACUUAACGAUCACUGGUGUAGGCUUAGAUGAACCUAAGUCACCGCCACAUUUAUCUCAGUGUUCAGAAAACCUGAAUUAACCUGCUCAAACCCACAUAUUGAUAUCUUUCAUCUUAAAAAUAAAAUAAUUUUCAUUUUUAUUCUUGUAAUUAUACAAGCUUACAAUGAGA